UUUCCAAGACAAAUACUAGUAGAAAAUAACUUUAUGCAAAGCUUGAGACCCUCUUCUCUGCGUCUCGCAUCUCUCAACAGUUCCGACAAGAAGAAGAAUGACUUCCUUUGCUUCCAUUUCUAGGGUUUCACCGAACGCUUACCUGUUCUAGGGUUUUCUAUUCUCGUCGAGGGAAGUGACGUUCUGCUGCUGCUGCAGGGUAUGGAAGCUCGCGUGGGCGUGUCUAGCCACGGCGGUGCCGUCGUCGACGGCGGCGCCAGGAAGUUCUUGCAGUCGCACCACCACCACCACCACCACCACCAGCCUCCGGUGCACCAGCAGGACCAGAUUGGAACGGUGCCGCAGCUCCUCGCCGGCGGCAUCGCCGGCGCCUUCAGCAAGACCUGUACGGCCCCGCUCGCCCGCCUCACCAUUCUGUUUCAGGUGCAAGGGAUGCAUUCUGAUGCUGCAGCAUUGAGCAAGGCUAGUAUAUGGCAUGAAGCUUUGCGUAUUGUUAAUGAAGAAGGCUUUAGAGCAUUUUGGAAAGGGAAUCUAGUUACUAUUGCUCAUCGUCUUCCGUAUUCUUCAGUCAACUUCUAUGCUUAUGAGCACUACAAAAGUUUGUUAAAAUCAAUUCCCGGUCUAGAAAGUCACAGGAGAAGCACAAGUGCAGAUAUUUUUGUGCACUUUGUUGGUGGUGGGUUAGCAGGUAUGACAGCAGCCUCUUCCACAUAUCCAUUGGAUCUUGUCAGGACACGACUUGCUGCACAGAGAAGCACGAUAUAUUAUCAGGGUAUGUGGCAUGCACUUCAUACUAUUUGCAGAGAUGAAGGUUUUUUUGGCCUCUAUAAAGGACUUGGAGCAACAUUACUGGGGGUUGGACCCAGUAUAGCUAUAAGCUUUUCUGUUUAUGAGGCAUUGAGAUCCUAUUGGCACUCUCAAAGGCCUGACGAUUCUACUGCCGUUGUUAGCCUUGCCUGUGGCAGUCUUUCUGGCGUUGCAUCAUCAACAGCGACAUUCCCUUUGGACCUUGUGAGGCGAAGAAAGCAGUUGGAAGGGGUUGCUGGUCAAGCCCGGGUGUAUAAAACAGGCAUAUUCGGGACAUUCAAGCAUAUAAUGCGAACAGAAGGACUUCGCGGCUUAUAUAGGGGGAUUCUGCCUGAAUACUACAAAGUUGUUCCUGGAGUAGGAAUAGUCUUCUUGACCUACGAGACAUUGAAGAAGCUUCUAUCACAUGGACCUUUCGAUAGUUAAUAUUUGGCUCAUCCUUAUAACCACCUUUCUACCCUGAGUUUUGCCUCAAUUAUCGAAGGAAAAGACAAAAAUUGGAUUAUGAGAAAAAAGUAGUAGGUAUUAGAAUGGCCUUUAGAAUUUGCUUGGUGGUAGUAAAUUUUGCCUUUCCCUGCUGGUAUUUGCUGAGAAAUUGCUUGGUGGUCAAUUUUGCCCCUGCUGCCAUCAAACCUAUUUUUCAAUGUAUAGAUUGUUACUGCAAGUGUGCCUGCUUCCAUUACAUUUCGUCUUGGAUUGUAUUACACAUUGUAUCAUGUUGAAGUUGAGAUGUAAUAGUAGUCAAAAGAGAGUGACUUCUUGUCUA